UAAAGAAAAACAAAAAAAAUUUCUAGAAAAUCCGUAAAAAAAAUAACAUCCACAUAAAUGAAACUGUUUAAUUCCAAGUUUUUUUUAUUUUAACAACUUUAGAUCAAUUUGUAAGUAAAAUUAAUUUUAACAUCAAAAAAAUUAUCAUUUAGAAUAUGAAUGGUGUAAGAUGUCGAUUAGCCACUGCAAGCAAGUUGAAAACAAUAUCGAGAUUAUUUACAAAUCAAAAUGGCUUAGUAUACAUAAUUCGAGCUCCACGAGCAGCUAAUAAUGAACCCAAUUACAAUGAACGAUCGAUAAGUACAACAUCACCAUUUUGGAAAGCAACUACCGAACCACCAAAUAAAGAUCCACCACCGACAACUACACCGCCACCAACAAAUACAACAUCAGGUGGUUCGGGUAAAAAUAAAAAUACUUUAAUAUGUCCAAAGUGUGGUGAUCCAUGUACUCAAGUUGAAACUUUUGUGAGUUCUACGCGCUUUGUGAAAUGCGAUAAGUGUCAUCAUUUUUUUGUUGUACUAAGUGAAGCAGAUAGUAAAAAGAAAGCUGCUGAUAAAACUGGACAGUAUAAAAAACCUCCACCACCACCAAAAAAAAUUUAUGAAUAUUUAGAAAAACAUGUUGUUGGACAAGAACAUGCCAAGAAGGUUCUUUCAGUAGCUGUUUACAAUCACUAUAAACGAAUUUAUAAUAACAUCCCAACUGCCCAGAAUAAUAAUCAAAAAUCUGAAUCAGCAAUUAUUGAGCAUGGUCCACAUCAUGCAUUUACUCAUCGAGAUUUAUUACAUCUAUCGGGAGUAACAGGAAGUACAUUUCAUCAAGGAAAUGAAUCAACAACAUCAUCAAAUCCAAACCGUCCAGGACAUCAACAACAUGGUUCGAAAGUAUUAGAUAGUACAUCGCAUGAAUUAAAAUUAGAAAAGAGUAAUAUUUUAUUGCUUGGUCCAACCGGAUCCGGUAAAACAUUAUUAGCUCAAACAAUAGCACAGUGUUUAGAUGUUCCAUUUGCAAUAUGCGAUUGUACAACGCUAACACAAGCUGGCUACGUUGGUGAAGAUAUUGAAAGUGUUAUUGGUAAAUUAUUACAAGAUGCUGGACAUAGUGUUGAACGUGCUCAAACUGGUAUUGUGUUCCUUGAUGAAGUUGAUAAAAUUGGAGCUGUUCCUGGUAUACAUCAAUUAAGAGAUGUCGGAGGUGAAGGUGUCCAACAAGGUAUGUUAAAAAUGUUAGAAGGAACUGUUGUAAAUGUGCCUGAACGAAAUUCACCAAGAAAACUUCGUGGUGAAACGGUACAAGUUGACACAACAAAUAUAUUAUUUGUGGCAAGUGGUGCAUACAAUGGUUUAGAUCGAUUAAUUCUACGUAGGAAUAACGAAAAGUAUUUAGGAUUUGGAUCACCAUCACAAGGACUUGGACGACGUGCGGUGAUGCAAACAGCACAAGAAUCUGGAUCUCCAUUAAAUCUUGAACAUGAGAUUAAAGAACGUGAUGCAGCUUUAAAACAAGUUCAGGCUCGUGAUUUAAUUGACUUUGGAAUGAUUCCUGAAUUUGUUGGAAGAUUUCCAGUGUUAGUUCCAUUCCAUAGUUUAGAUGUGAAUUUAUUAGUGAGAAUAUUAACAGAACCACAAAAUGCGGUUGUUCCUCAAUAUCAACGACUUUUAUCUAUGGAUCAUUGUGAAUUAACGUUUACACCUGAGGCAUAUAAGGCAAUUGCUUGUUUGGCAAUGGAACGAAAAACUGGGGCUCGUGGUUUACGUGCAAUUAUGGAAUCCUUAUUAUUAGAGCCAAUGUUUGAAAUACCUGGUACAAAUGUGGCUUCCGUACAUAUUACAGAAGAUUAUGUAAAAGGUGUUACGAAACAGCCAGUAUAUGUAUAUAAAAAAUCGACUGAUUCGACGACACCAACCUCAUCAACUAACAGUAGUAACAACGAUGAAGAAGGCGAUAAAAAUCAGAUCAGGAUUCAACAAUCAGUGUAAAUUGAUUAUUCAAUUAUUUUUUUUUUUUAAGAUCGACGCAUAAUAAAAAUUUUUUAAUUUAUAUAUUAAAUUUUCU